UGUUAACCUAAACCCGUCAGAGAAUACCUAAUCGCGCGUCAAGACAAGGAAAAUACACGGCACAAAAUCCCAGAAGAUACAUAUCCCAAGCCUGUAAACUACUGUCUAGACCCUCGAAUCCACGGUUCUACGACCACAUCUACUCUGGCUAUGAAGAGGGGCCCAACAGUGGUAACUCUUACACAACAUAUCAAUAUAUCAAUCGUAGCCCCUCCCAAUACCCCCCAGCCGUGAACCCUCUCUUCUUGAAUCCUAUUCGAAAUCUCCUUCACAAAAGAACAAAAGGAAGAAAGGGUAGAAAAUCCAAAAUGCUCACACAAGCCAUGCUCCCCCACACCUUCGCCGAAAUGCUAAAUAUAACCCCCUGGGUAGAGUGUCGAUGUCUAGGGUUCAGCAUUUCCCGCCUCCGCCGCUGCAAAAACAGAAUCAGUCCCGCCUCCCGCGCACAAGCCCUGAAAUUACUCAAUCUGGUUGCGGAACAUUUCAACCAUGGUCGCGAUAUCAGGGUUCUCUUGACAGAUUUGGCUUCUAUGCUCCUGUGCACGGAAUCCCAUCAGACUCAGGUGCGCCGACUGGCCAACAAGUGGGAUUUCCAGGCCUGGAGGUACUGGGUUGAUCAACGUGAUUCGACGGCUACUUAUAAUAUGGGGAGAAGUGAGAAUAGGCCUGUGCAGGGGCAACAGGGAGCUGAAGCUGGAGCUCUCCGCUCGGACGUUGUGCGUGGGCCGAUGCAGCAGGUGGAGCAGACACAGCAAGCGCCUGCGGAGGAGAGGCGUCCACAGCGACAGCCUCCAGGACAAUGCAUCCCUGCUCGGUGCUGGGUAGAGCCGGCCAAUCAUGGGAAUGAGACAUUCGUGCGCUCAAGCUCGGGCUUGGGUCAGGCUGCUGGGGUCUCGAAUACGAGUGUUGUCCCGGGGAUGGUGGCGCCGAGGGUGGUCGAGGGCGAGUGUGGAAUUUGUCUGUUAGGGUUUCUUGUUGACGUGACUGGUGAGUCGGCCAGGGAGUACACUGUGGCUGAGAAGAAGCUUUACGAGACGAGGUAUGAUUAUCGGCGGUGGGUGUGGUGUAGGCACCACUGUGGCACGAAUUAUCAUCGAGAUUGUAUGGAUCGGUGGAUUACGGUGUCUGGCUUUAUGUACCCGAAAUGUCCAACUUGUAGCCAGUUUUGGCUUUAUUGAAUUGUCUUGGUUAUACGAGAGCUGAUAUUAUUUCCUUUGUUUAUGUUUUGUUGAAUUCACUAGUGCCAGUUUUUAUUGUUGUAUUGGUCAUACUUUCUGCUCCGGGUUCGAUCGUCUGUCAUGUUCUUGUAUGAAUCACUUGUCGUAAGUCCAACUAUAUACAAAGUACAACUUCUACAGAUCCAAAUCGUAACCAUUAUAAAAGCAUAAUCAACAGGUAUCAAAGCUUCUUCUACCUUUACAGUCGUGCAGCUUUUUUCUCCGUCAUCCGGUUCAGCCAGUGUUGGAUAGUGUCGACGAACCCGUCGAUUUCCUCCAUCGUAUUACCCGUAUGGAGACACACCCGUACCCUCUCCUUUCCUGCAGGAACGGUAGGUGCCAUGAUUGCACGCACAGUAUACCCUUCCUGUUGACACGCUGCCGCCAGCUGACGAGGUAAGGGGCUGCGCAGAGAAAAGAUGGGAGAUCUCGGGAAGUGAUCUACUGCGAAGACUGCUGGGUCCCAGGAACCAAGGUCUUCUAACCUGGCCCGCAAGUAUAAGAUCAAUUGUUGAAGUUUGUGUUGAAGCUGUCGAUGUCAGUCCAAAUUCUCUUAGAGUCAGUAUAUACAUGGGAACACUCACCGGUUGUGUGAUCCCUUCCGACA